UUUUUUAUUAUUGAAUUAUUGAGCCUCAUAUGAAAGUUCCUGUCUAGAUGCUAUACAAUCUACGAGAAAAUUUUCUUUAAAAAAUACAGGUGGUCUCCAAAUUUUGUUUUCUUGAGCUGGAGCAAGCAAGGAAGCAGCGGCAGCCAAGCCAUUUUCAUGGAUCUUCAAGCAAGCAUUGCUAUCAUCAUUUCUUUCCUGAUUUUUGCUUUCUCUCAAGCUCAAGACUUGCAACCUUUCCACCAAGAAUAUGGUCCAUUUAACGAAACUUACUAUGGCAUCUUUGAAGUAGAAGAACCCGCCACAAUCAGCAACAGUGCCCUUCAGAUUACUCCUGAUUCUAUCAAUGGCAACUUCACUCUUGCGAACAGGUCCGGCAGGGUAAUGCUCAAUAAGUCCUUUACCCUCUGGGAGGAUGAUGGGGUUGGCGGCGCAAGGGUGGCUUCUUUCAAUAGUUCUUUUCUUAUUAACAUCUUUCGGCUUAACAACUCCAUACCUGGAGAAGGGUUUGCCUUUCUCAUAGCUCCGGACCUUGAGCUCCCGGAGAAUAGUAACGGGCAGUAUCUUGGUCUGACCAACUCGACUACUGACAACAAUCCCUCCAAUGGCAUAGUUGCCAUUGAGCUUGAUACUGUGAAGCAGGAAUUUGAUCCUGAUGAUAACCACAUGGGCCUUAAUAUCCACAGUGUCAUUUCUCGGAAAACCGUUCCCCUUGUCAACUUGGGCAUUGAAAUUGCCCCUGUGGGAGGCAGGAAUCAUAUGGUUUGGGUUCAUUAUUAUGGGAACAGUAAAAGAAUGGAAGUGUAUAUGGUGGAGGAAGGAAAAGGCAAGCCUGCCACGCCGACUCUCGCCGCAGAACUUAACCUCAAGGAACAUGUCAGACCGAAAUCUUACUUCGGUUUUGCUGCAUCCACAGGCAGCAAUUUCCAACUCAAUUGUGUCCUCAAGUGGAACCUGACAGUAGAGAUGCUAUCUGAUCCGGUUGUAAAUGGUAGUGGUAGAGAUAACAAGAAGCUGAUAAAGAUCUGUGUAGGAAUUGGGGUUGCUCUAUUUUCAUUUCUGCUGAUAGGGGUAGGAAGUUUGGUCUACUAUCUCCACAAGAAGAGGGCAGCAUCGGACCCUAAGCUGUUACGUGCCCUUCAGAGCUUGCCCGGAAUGCCGAGGGAGUUCCCGUUCAAGGAUCUGAAGAAGGCCACCAACAAUUUCGAUGAGAAGCAUAAGCUUGGUCAAGGUGGAUUUGGUGUGGUCUACAAAGGUGUGCUGCCAAAAGAGAACAUCCAAGUUGCUGUCAAAAAGUUCUCUAGAGACAACAUCAAGGGUCAGGAUGAUUUCCUGUCUGAGCUUACUGUCAUUAACCGUCUCCGCCAUAAACAUCUAGUCCGGUUACUCGGCUGGUGCCACAAGAAUGGGAUGUUGCUUCUAGUGUAUGACUACAUGCCAAACGGGAGUUUGGACAAUCACCUAUUCCAUGAAGAUGAGGAGAAUACCAUCCUAGGGUGGAACUUAAGGUACAAGAUCAUAUCAGGUGUAGCAUCAGCUCUGCACUACCUCCAUAAGGAAUAUGAUCAGACAGUGGUGCAUCGCGACCUCAAGGCUAGUAAUAUCAUGCUGGAUUCUGAGUUCAAUGCUCGAUUAGGUGACUUCGGUCUGGCUCGUGCAUUGGAGAAUGAGAAGACAUCCUAUGCUGAGCUAGAGGGAGUGCCUGGAACCUUGGGCUACAUCGCACCAGAAUGCUUUCACACUGGCAAGGCCACCCCCGAGUCUGAUGUCUAUGGCUUCGGUGCAGUAGUUCUAGAGGUAGUGUGCGGUCAGCGUCCAUGGACCAAGAUUGGAGGAUUCCAAUUCUUGGUGGACUGGGUCUGGUCACUACAUCGCGAAGGGCGUAUACUAGAAGCUGUGGACGAAAGGCUGAACAAUGACUAUGUUGCUGAGGAAGCACAGAGGCUGCUGCUACUCGGACUAGCAUGUUCCCAUCCGAUAGCAAACGAAAGGCCUAAAACACAGGCCAUCUUUCAAAUAGUAUCCGGGUCAGUGCCAGCGCCGCGCGUCCCUCCUUUCAAGCCAGCAUUCGUAUGGCCAGCAUACGACGGCAGCAUCGACUUCGACGCUAGUUCAGCUGGGACAACUCCCAUUACAUCUGGUUGGACCCCUCAAUACAUCAGCAGGGAAAGUGAAGGAUACACGGACUCUCCUGUGAGACCUGUCUAGAAGCUGCAAAGUGCCAUUUCUAAAUCAUCCUUUUAUUUCUUCUUCUUCUUUUCUCUUCACAUUUCUUGGCAACAAAAGGGAAGCAUCUAAGAUUUCAAUACUGCAAAUUACUUGUUCUUUUUGCCUCUUUCAAUUUGAUUGACCCCUUUUUUUUCUUCUUUUUUUUGGUCAUUGUUGGAAGGGGAGACCGAGUAAUUGUGUAAAAAAAAAAAAAAUUUAAUCCACAGAAUUGUAAGAAUUUUCUUCCUUAUUUCCACCAAUAUUUUGUGGAUAAUCAAGCAACACUGGAUUUGCCCU